GAUAAUUGUCGAGUGAUUGAAUUCAAAGAAGGAACAAAAAAUAAGAUCUUAACAAAUCACGUCAUUAGGGGAGAUCAUCUGCCAGACAAAGACAUUUGUGAAUUGAGAUGCUAUCUUGAACCAAACUGCGUGUCCUACAACUAUGGUCCACUGUCAGAUGGAACAUUCACAUGUGAACUGAAUGACAGGACCCACUUACAAGUCCCCGACUCCCUUGAAGACAAAAGUGGAUUUGUAUACACAGAAAUUUUUGUAAGUACGGCCUGGUAACAUGCAGUUUUAAUUUACAAAGGUGAUCAAUUUACGAACAAAAAAAACUCGGAUAUAGUGUUGUUCCCUUUGAUUUUAUUUAUUUAUCUAUUCAUCAUUUUAAAAUUGAUUUAUUGUAGAAAUUGAUCUAUUUUCUUCUUAUCUUUUCAGAAUCCUUGUGAGAGCAUUCCAUGUGCCAAUCACGCCACAUGUCAAGCGGGGUUUGGUAACCAUGGAUACCGCUUUAUUUGUCCUGCUGGAUAUCGAGGAGUUCAGUGUGAAACAGGUGAGGAAAAAAACAUCUAACGAUAAAAAGAUGAGUUCAGACAGUUCAAUAUUUAAUUGAGUUUACAAUAAAGUUAACCAGCUAUAAUUGCCAAAAAAUUAUGCGUGCAAUAUUAAGAUGGAGAAAAGACAGGAGAACAGGCGUAAGAAUCCUGACUAAAAAGAUGUGAAAAGGACAGCCAGGAAGAGGAACAGAAAGAAAAGUACAGAGAUACACAAGGCCACUUUCACAGAGUUGGAAGAAAUGUCUUAUAAUGGAGAGUUUUUAGCUUUGGUUUUUUUUUCUUAAAUUCUGUGAAGAUGUUGAUGAAUGCCUAUUAGGAAAACACGAUUUUCCUGCUGAGCGCGAAUGUGUCAAUAAUUUGGGUUCAUAUCAGUGCUCACAUUGUCGACCUGGAUAAAUUGACUAUGGAGAGACUAGAGCAAAUUGACGAUGGAGAGACAAGAGUUACCGCUGUAUUUGUUCUGAUGGAUAUGAAGGAGAGCUUUGCCAAAUAGGUGAGAAAGGAAACUCCUUGCGAUAGCAGGUCUUCAUCUCCCAGGUGCACAGUUAAUGUUACCCAAUAAAGCUGCAAAUAAAGUAGCCUCUCAGCAAGGAGAGUUUAUAUCCUCAUCUGUCUAAUCAAUACAGCCUUGAUAACUGCAUUAAAGGAUCUCUCCGUCAUAGAGCAAGGGGCAAGUUAGAUUUGUUCAGUAUGUGCUCUCUCAAUUGAAUGCUAGAAGUUGUCAGAAGGAUUGAAACUCCAAGGUUGUGACAACUGGAGAAGUCGUGAUAAGAUGUUCUUCUGCCGCAUUAACCGAGGGGCGAUACAAAGUAUUACUGUCGUGAUGUGAUAAAUCCUAGAUAAUGGAGCCUACAGAAAAACGAGAAAGUAAGAGAAUAUCGGAAUAAGAAUGGGUGAUAUGAAGGGAAAAGUGCCUCAUGUUGUCAAUUGUAGAUAUUUGAUGCAAGGGCAAGAACAGAAAUGAAACGAAUAAAAGUAUAAGUUUCGUGCUGAAAGCAAAUAUUUGAAAUUUUGCAAAAACUGACAGAAAUAAUUGAUUAAUACGAUGGAGGUGCACUUUAGAUGAAUAAGAUCUAUGUCAAAAUAAGGAACAUUAUGGUUUUUUUCAUCUUCCUUUAAUCUUGAAUAGAUAUUGACGAAUGCGUCUUAGGCAAGGAGAAGUGUUCCUCUGAUGGCAGUUGUGUUAACGUUAUGAGCUCAUACGUCUUAGUUUUCCGUCUCGUGUAACUCGUGUGUAGAUAUUGAUGCGUGUACAUCAAGCAAACACGAUUGUUCCUCUGAAGGCGACUGUGUUAAUGUCGUGGGUUCAUAUCAGUGUUCUUGCAAGCCUGGAUUUACUGGCAAUGGUAAAAUUUGCCAAGGGAAGAUUUAUUUUAUAUAAAAGUGCAAAGCUAUUGAUUACUCUCUUCACUAGUCUUGCAAGUCAGAAAUAACUGAUGCGUUUCGCAAGGUCAAUUGUCCUUAAAAUCACUGCUAAAAAAGGGUCAGUCUUUACAUUUUUAUGUAACAGAGAAGGCUGCCUUCACAUCAUAAUCAGCAAAGUUGCUUUUUUAAGGAUAUUUAAAAUAUACAGAACGAUGCCGAACUUCUGGCAAACCUGUGACUUCACGACCUCAGCACGUUACACUUUUUAGUAGACUCUGGGAAACGCAAAAAAACAACCCCACCUAUUCUGAUAAUUUCCCUACACCUUGAUUAGUCUUAUAUUCAAUUACUACUUAGAUAUCGAUGAGUGUAACGAUGGAAGCCAUGACUGUCACUUUGCGGCCGAUUGUAAAAACACCGCUGGAUCAUUCGACUGCAGCUGUCAGUCUGGACACCUUGGAGAUGGACGGCACUUUUGCUCAGGUAUAUCUUGAUCUUUAACCCAAAACAAACAAAUGUGAGUGAGUAGAGUGGUUUGAACAUAACCAAAGUUAUUCUUUUAUUACUUUCCUAAAACAAAUCACUGAAUUUAUUUUGCGUUACCAUUUCUAAGACACGAAAACCUAAGGCUUUCUUUGAAACCUGACAAACUAUUUAACAGAUUACUGGAAAAAGGUCAACAUCGAUCCUGUCUGUUUUGGGACAAAAGAUGACGACCACGGAACUUUUUAUAUCCAAGAAGCCGGUCAAAUCUACACAUUUAAACUUGUCCAUACAAGUGGCUCCGUGACAUGCCACACUUCGAAAACAUCAACAAAGUGGGGAUGCUCAUUGCCAAUUUACGGAAAUCACAAUAUAAUGACGGUGAUAACUUACAGCAACAAAACAGUUCUUCCGCUUGCUGAGUUCUUGAAAGGCAGCGACAGAACAUACUAUACUUACCAACUUGACGGUGCCGAUUUCAACUCCGCAACACUAGUGUUUAAGCUUCUACCCACCCCACUGGUUGUAUUGGUUGGUCAGCAGUUUCAGUUAUGGUAUGCGCAUGACUUGGUCAAUUAUACUGAGAAUAAUAACGAUGGUAAGACAUGCGCGGACGUUUAUGCUCUGUACCAUUGA